GAUGAACCAGAGGGAAUGGGAGAAAGACGCAAGAGAAAACCAAACAAAGGCAAGAACAUUACAAAAAGAGGUGGAAGUAAAGAAGAACCUCGAGGUAUUCCAGCAUAAUUACAAUUUAUUUGCCACAUUUGUAGUGGUGCGGCCCAGCAGGUGUAGAGAUGUGGAUGGAAACCAAAACAGAGGUGGAGGAGGCCAGCAGGACUCAUGCCAGCUUCAGUCAGCGUAUUUUCAGUGGCCUGCUAUUGUUCAAUGGAGACAUGGAGCACUUGGAUAAGUACAUGGAGGACAAGUCAUUUGUGCUGCAGCUGGGGGUGUGGGGCCUGAGAGGGGUGAGCAGAGUAAUCCUGGCCAACAACCCGCUGAGCGGUGGUCUCAUCCUGGCUGCCCUGUACUGGGCUUCCCCCUGGCAGGGACUGCUGGGAACUAUAGGAAUUCUGGCCUCCACCCUAACAGCUGUUAUCACAGGACAAGACAGAGCUGAGGUGUCAGGAGGUCUUCAUGGUUUUAACGGCAUGUUGGUGUCUCUGCUGAUGGGAGUGUUUAGCUCAGCUGGGGACUGGUACUGGUGGCUGCUGCUGCCUGUCUGCCUGGGGUCAGCGACAUGUGUCUUUCUGUUUAGUGGUCUCUCUUCAUUUUUGGACCGAUGGGACUUGCCUGCUGCUGUGUUUCCCUUUAAUAUUAUUUUGAUCCUCUACCUCCUGUGUACUGGCCCAGACAACCCCUAUUUUCCACACCACUCAACAACACCACCAGGGCCCUUGGAGCCAAAUGCUACUGAACUCAUAGCAUUACAGGUAAUAUAUGGCAUCCCUCGUGGCGUGGGUCAGAUCUAUGCCUGUGGCGACCUUGGACCAGCCCUUCUCAUCCUGGGAGCCGUUUUCCUCUACUCCCCGUUGCUCGCUGUCCACGCUCUGCUGGGAUCCGCAGUAGGAACACUGGCUGGUUUAUCCAUGGCAGUGCGUCAUGAAUCUCUGUACUCAGGUCUGUCAGGGUUUAAUGGAGCUUUAGGCUGCAUGGCUGUUGGAGGACUCUUCUUCACCUUCAGCUUGAGGACCCACCUCUUUGCUAUUGCCAGUGCCUUCUUCUCUGCAUAUGCUGACAUUGCUCUGAGCAAUUUAAUGGGAACUGUGGGUCUCCCAGCAUGCAGCUGGGCAGCUACUCUGGUGGCCACACUGAUGUUGCUGUUGACCGGCAGUUUAGCAGCAUACCGCAUCCCUAUUGGUCAAGUGAGGGCUCCUGAAUGCAACCUGCGCUUGCACAGCCAAUGGGAAGCUGGGAAUGUCGAAGAAAGGGAGAGCACAGAUGUGUAAAGUGAGGACACACGUGCACAGAUGUGCAUACUACUGUGUCCCAACCAUCAUGCUCUUAGUUUGAUGGACUGGAUCAUACAUUUUUUUAGGUAAACAUUUCAGCAUAGCCUUGUGAAUGACAGUGGACAGUUGACUGGACACUUUAAGGAGGACCUUACUCUAUAUUUUGUCCACAGGGUUGUGAUACGUGUACAGCAAUGAAAUGUUCAUCAGUCUUUA